AAAUGAGUGGGCUACCCGGUGCCAGCACCUGCCCAGGUCCGGGAGAGGCCUCCCACCUUAAGUCUCCGCUGGGCGCCAAGUUCAGGGAACCUCUUACCGAGGCCCGGUUUCAGCAGCUCUUCGGGGACGCAGAGCAGGAGCCCGAGCUACUCGCGGAGCCCCGCUGGUCGCGGCUGCGCCGCCUUUGGAGGGGGCCGGCCCGCGCCUGUUCCGGACCGGGGCCGUGGCCCCUGCUGCGGGCGCGGCUGCCCCCGCUGCGUUGGCUGCCCCACUACCGCUGGCGGGCCUGGCUGCUCGGGGAUGCGGUGGCCGGAGUGACCGUGGGCGUCGUGCACGUGCCCCAGGGCAUGGCUUUUGCCCUCCUGACCUCUGUGCCCCCAGUGUUCGGACUCUACACUUCUUUCUUUCCCGUCCUCAUCUACACCUUGUUGGGUACUGGGAGACACCUGUCCACCGGAACUUUCGCGGUACUCAGCCUUAUGACGGGCUCGGCCGUGGAGCGGCUGGUGCCUGAACCCCUCGAGGGGAACCUGAGCGGCACCGAGAGGGAACAGCUGGAUGCUCAGCGGGUUGGUGCGGCUGCGGCCAUGGCCUUCGGGAGCGGGGCACUGAUGCUGGGAAUGUUCGCGCUGCAGCUCGGCGUCCUGGCCACCUUUUUGUCGGAGCCUGUGGUCAAGGCGCUGACCAGUGGGGCCGCCCUGCACGUGCUCGUGUCCCAACUGCCUAGCCUUUUGGGGUUGCCCCUCCCGCGUCAGAUCGGCUGCUUCGCUCUCUUCAAGACGCUGGCCGCCGUGCUGGCGGCGCUGCCGCGGAGCAGUCCCGCCGAACUGACCGUCUCGGCACUCAGCCUGGCGCUGCUCGUGCCCGUCAAGGAAUUGAACGUGAGGUUCCGAGACAGGCUACCCACCCCGAUCCCAGGGGAAAUCGUCAUGGUGCUUCUGGCCUCCGUGCUCUGCUUCACCUCUUCCCUGGACACAAGAUACAACGUCCAGAUAGUUGGAUUGCUGCCCGGAGGAUUUCCCCAGCCUCUCCUCCCCAGCCUGGCUGAGCUGCCCACGAUUCUGGCCGACUCGUUGCCCAUGGCACUGGUUACCUUUGCAGUGUCUGCCUCCCUGGCCUCCAUCUAUGCAGACAAGUACAGCUACACUAUUGAUUCCAACCAGGAGCUCUUUGCACAUGGUGUCUCCAACCUCAUCUCCUCCCUCUUCUCUUGCUUUCCCAACUCGGCCACAUUGGCCACAACCAGCCUACUAGUGGAUGCUGGUGGGAACACACAGCUGGCAGGCCUCUUCUCCUGUAUGGUUGUCCUGUCUGUCCUGCUGUGGCUGGGGCCCUUCUUCUACUAUCUGCCCAAGGCUGUCUUGGCCUGCAUCAACAUCUCCAGCAUGCGCCAGAUGUUCUUCCAGAUGCGAGAACUUCCACAACUAUGGCGCAUCAGCCGCGUGGACUUUGCUGUGUGGAUGGUCACAUGGGUGGCUGUCGUGACCCUGAGUGUGGACCUGGGCCUGGCUGUAGGUGUGGUCUUCUCCAUGAUGACUGUGGUCUGCCGCACCCAGAGGGUACAGUGCCGGGCACUUGGACUGGCUGAGGGGACAGAGCUCUACAGGCCACUCAGAGAGAGUCACAAGCUCCUCCAGGUCCCAGGGCUCUGCAUCCUGAGCUAUCCAACACCGCUCUACUUUGGGACCCGUGGGCAGUUUCGCCGCAUCCUGGAGUGGCAUCUGGGGCUUGGAGAAGGAGGCAAGGAGGCUCCAAAGACAGAUGGCCCACCUGAUGCAGUUGCUGAGCCUGUCAGAGUGGUAGUCCUAGACUGCAGUGGUGUCACCUUUGCAGAUGCUGCAGGGGCCAGAGAAGUGGUUCAGCUGGCCAGCCGAUGCCGA